GGUAGAUUUGGUUCAGCAGAAAAAGCUUCAAAACCCCGUCACUUUCAUUGGUUUCAGCUCCACACUACUACACUGGAGUUGAAACGAACCACCACCAAGAUUAUAAUUUAUUCUCUCUUUCUCAAAUGAAUUUGAAUGUAACUACAUCACAAAAACAAGACAAAAACGAAAAUAUCAUGAACAAAAGUAACAGCGAAAACAAAAAUGGCUGUGAUGGAAUAGUUGUAUCAGAUCCGAAUGGAGAAACUGUUUUUGGGUUUUCACGGAAAAAAAGCCUAGCUGAGAGAAGGGGUUUCAAUAAAACUGCACCAAAUAUCAACACAAACCCUUUGGUUUCUCUUCCAGUUCGAUCACCGCAAUUCACAAUACCACCGGGAAUUAGUCCAACCGCAUUGCUUGAGUCCCCCGUCAUGCUUCCUAAUUCUCAGGCCAUGCCAUCUCCCACCACGGGGAGUUUUCCCAUGCUUCAACCUCCAAUGCUCACUUCCAUUACAAAAGAUGAAGGAAACAUGGAUAUUUCUACUUCCUCUCAUAUUGCUGCCUCUUCAAAAUUCAACUCUCAAGCCGAUUUUACUUCUAAUUCUCUAAAUCAGGGUUCUAAUAAUUAUCAAAUGAUGAAUGGAGGGCAUAAAGUCGAUCAAAUAUUUGUUCAAGAUCAACCACCAAUGGAUUUUUCAUUCUCAGAAGAUUUUUCAAAUGAUUUUUUUAUGAAAAAUAGUGGAUUCCCUUUAUACAGUGAUUUGAAAGUGGCAGAUAUGAUGGUUGAUAAUAUUGAUGUUCCAAUCUCUCAUUCUGAAGAAGUUAGUGAUGAAAGUAAUUUUCUUGAAAACUCGGUCCCCGUCGAUGAUAUCGGUCGACAACAUGUUUUAGAAGUAGAACAAAAAGAAACGUGUUAUGCGACUGGAGCAAAGAACUCCGACGAUGGUUAUAAUUGGAGAAAAUAUGGACAAAAACAAGUAAAAGGAAGUGAGUUUCCAAGAAGCUACUAUAAAUGUACUCAAACGAGUUGUCAGGUGAAGAAAAAAGUUGAAAGAUCACAUGAUGGCCAGAUAACUGAGAUUAUUUACAAGGGUAAUCACAACCAUGCGAAACCACAUUCGAAUCGUCGUGGAUCAAUGCCUUUGAAUGAUGAGAUUUUAGAAGCUGCUGAAGCCAAUGAAACAUGUGAUAGAGUUGAGACUGAUUCAGUAUGGAGAAAUAAUCAGUCGCGAGAAAGAGAUGCAAACCAUGAUUCUGAGAGGAAGCUUGUUAGUCAAGAAAGGGCAUCCCCGCCUUCUUUUACAACCGAGCUUUCAGAUCCUGCGAAGAGAGCUAGAUCAUUAGGUGUAUUUGAAUCGGAUGAAGCUCAAGAGAAUUCUUCUGCGCAUGUUAAUCGUGAUGGUAAUAUAGAUGAAUCCACUCAAAUAGUUUUACCAAAUGAAGACGCUGCUGAAGAUGAAUCUGAAUCAAAAAGAAGGAAAAAAGAAAGCUAUCCGACUGAACCAAUGAUGCCUGCGAGGGCUAUUCGUGAGCCGCGAGUGGUAGUCCAAAUCGAGAGUGAAAUUGACAUACUUGAUGAUGGUUAUCGUUGGCGAAAGUAUGGCCAAAAGGUUGUCAAAGGGAAUCCAAACCCAAGGAGCUACUACAAAUGCACAAGUGCUGGAUGUGGUGUAAGGAAACAUGUGGAAAGAGCUUCACAUAAUCUAAAAUUUGUUAUUACUACUUAUGAGGGAAAACAUAACCAUGAGGUUCCCGCUGCUAAGAAUAGCCAUCAUAUAAGCUCAAAUGAUUUUGGUUCACAUUCAAGUGGUGCUAAUGGGUUACAUGGGAAUGCUGGUAUCCUAAAGUCUGAAACACAUCAACCUCUUGCAUCUCAUUUUGAUAGAAAACCCGAUCUUAGCGAUGAGUUUAUGCGGUCAAGUUUGAUGGGAAGUUUCGCGAAUGAUAUGAAGUUUGGACCUUCCUCCAUAUCCCAAAUGAAGUAUUCUUCCUUGGAUAAUAUUGUACCAUAUGGAUGCACCUAUGGAACGAAUCUCGAACGUGGUGUUGCGCCUCAAGUCGGACAUAUUCCCCCAAUGUUACCGGAAUAUCCAAUGCCAUUACCAUUGAAUCUUCCUUCAUCUGGAAAUUUUUCUCUAGAUGGAAUGAAUUUCAACUAUGCAAAACCAGUGAAUUGUGUUCAGUCUUACCUUUCAAAUCAGCAGAUGCAGGACUUUGAUACAAGAUUUCUAAGGCCUAAAGAGGAGUUGAAUGACGAUUCUUUGUAUACUUCAUGUCCAACCUCUUUUGAUCAUGCAAGUUCCUCACUGAAUCCACCAUCAACAUCACCACAAUCCAUUUAUCAAAGUGUCAUGCAGAAUUUCCCUUCAUAAUAUGUUUUUACAAUAGUUAGCAAAAGCAUGUUUUAUUGAUAUUUUUUAGUUUGGUAGGUCUAUUGUCCUAUCAUUAGGAUUUCAAUUUUUCUAAAACUUGUUGUAACAAAAUUUAGAGUAAU